AUGGGCAACAAGCUUUCGCCUCUACUAGCAGACGUUUUCCUGAGCGAUUUCGAGUUAGCUUUAGGCAAAGAAAAGCUCUUCCCUCGAGUUUGGAGACGCUACGUGGACGACAUUUUCGCAACCGUGAAAGAACGCUAUCUAACGCAGACCCUUGACCUAUUGAACUCCCGUCACAGUACAAUAAAGUUUACGGUAGAGAAGGAAAUAGAAGGGAAAUUGCCAUUCCUAGACCUGAUGAUAACCAGGAAAGCGGACAACAAACUAAAAUUCGGGAUCUACCGAAAAGCGACAUCCACAGACAGAUACAUAACUUCCGACUCUAACCAUUUCGGCGCUCAAAAACAAGCAGCCUUCCAUUCCAUGGCCCACCGUCUAUUCAAUGUACCGAUGGAAAAUGAAGAAUUCCAGGCCGAGCGGGAAAAAAUAUACAAAGCUGCUGUAUUGAACGGGUAUGAAAAAAGAUUUGUGGACAAAAUUCUAAGAAAACACAAAAGGAAAAAGCACAGACAAAACGCGACAACGUUAGAGCCGGAUAAAAAACAGGAACGUAGAAUCUGCUUGCCGUUUUACCCCAAAAUUACUAACCCUGUCCAAACCGUCCUAAAACAGCAUGGUUACCAAGUCGCAUACAAAAGUGGUAACACCUUGAAAGACCUCUUGUGUAAUCUAAAAGACAAGGUUCCAACCGAUCAAAAAUCGGGGAUCUACCAAAUCCCCUGUAAAGAUUGCCCCGCAGUAUAUAUUGGACAAACUCGCCGAAAGUUCAAAGUCCGCAUUCGAGAACAUAAGCUUGCUGUCGACCACGAAAGAGGCAACGACUCCAGUGUGGCAGUACACACUAUAGCCCACAAUCACACCAUAGACUGGGACAGUGCGAAACUCGUGAAAACUGUACGGAAAGCUGCACACCUGAACGCAUGGGAAUCAAUGUACAUAGCCAAUGCUGAACACGUGCUUAUGAACGAGGACGACGCGCCAAUAUCAUCACCCCUUUUCCACUUGACAAACCUGAAAAUUCAGUGA